CGAAAGCGCGGGCAACUUCGAAAGGCUCUGACGUUUUCCCGUGCCUUUAAUACUGUAUCACCAGGACUUCUGUAGCACCACUAUCGUUGUUGGUUAAGUCAUUAGGGUCUAACAGCUGGGAAACCCCGACUUUGUCCUGCCGAAGAUAGUCUGCAUGACAGACUAAGCUUUUUGGAUUAGGGACAAAUCAUUCGAUUAGUUUUGUUUGAUAAUGAGGCUAUCUUUUAGUGUUUCAGUGUAUAGAUUCCUUGCUUGCUUGAACUCCGUUUAUCUGCUGUGGUGACUAGUUUGUUUGCGACCCACCCAGUAAUAUCUUUUAGGCUUUAGAAUUCGAAGAAUGUAAUUCCUUAUUAUUAGUUGUUUUGUAACUUUCGUGGAGCAGACUGCUUUGUAACACGUAAGUUCAUGUGCGGUAAGAAAUGCCAGUGUUAAUCCAGAAUACUUGGUUGAGGUCCGUGUGACUAUCGUAACCAAUGGUUGGAGACUGGAUGACAUUGCCCAGAAUCGAUCGCUAUUGUGUGUAUAUAUAUAUUCUCUGUCUUUCCUUAAACUAUGAGAUCAAAAUUGCUGUGUAUCUUUCUUGCUACGAACUUAUUCUUUAUUCCUGUGCAAAUUCCUAUACACAAUUUUUCUUUAAUACAUAACCUCCAUUGAAUUAACUACUAUAGUAGAACAACGAAUUCAUAUAUGAAUUCAUUGUUCAUCUUGUUGUGCUAAUCAUGUUUGGCAAGUUGAACCGAUGUAUAUGUAUGUCUGGUCGUACAUUGUAGUUGACUGACUGACUUCUACUCCUUCAGCAGAUAAAGUACCUUCAAGUCAGACGAAAACCCUCCAGAGGCUAAAUGUUACAGGUGACUUAACUUGAGCCCCAUAUAGGUGGGCUUCGUUCGUUAUAAAAUUUUUCGAUUAUUCUUUUAGUGCAGUCUAUAUAAUGUCAACAUAUCCUUUAGACAUAUCAUGUUGUACAUCAAGAGACUAAUAAGAGAUGAGUGUCAGCCAACUGUGUCAAACCCAAUGGUCUGCCAUCGAUCUAGAUUUUACGGAAGUUUGAAGAGGUUACGAGGUUUAAUUCAAUAAAACAACUUAUGAAUAAUAUAAAAGAUGCUAUUCAAUGUUUCAAUGUGAAUUCUUUAAAACCAACACUUAUAGAAGUUCGACAAUUAGAUGGAUCAAUUAUUAAAAUGAAUAAAUAUGGAUCAGAAAUUGAAAAAAAUGAUAAAUCUAGUCAAUUAGAAUCUAAUUUUUCUUCUUAUGGUUUUAUUCCAAAUUUUAAUCUGGAUUUACAAAUGGGAAAAAUAGAACUUCCAGAAUUUACAAUAUUAUUUGGUAAGUUAAUUUAAUUGAAUAUAUAUGAAAUUAUUAAUAACCAUAAUCUUUCCAUUCGCCUUUCGUCCUCUCAGUUUCGUAAACAACACCGCCACGAGAAGGCAGUGUGUAGGACUUCCCUGGUGGUUGCUAUGUGAAAGCAUUUCGAGAGGGAAAGCUAACUCUUCCCAUUCUCAGCCGUACCAGGGUAUUUGGGGGCAAUGUACGUAUGUAUGUAUGAAGUUCUACAUUUUUGCUAAUUGAUUAUCUAUAUGUUUACAUGUUUUCUUAUUGUAGGUUCUGUUGAUGUAGCUCAAAAUUUAAAUUUGUUAAACAAUAAUAAUGUUACACAUAUCAUUAAUCUUAUUUCAAAUAUAAUACCAAAUUAUUUUCCUGAAUAUUUUCAUUAUUUAUCACUUAUUGUUUAUGAUAAUUUAACAUUUCAAUUAAAUGAUAUUUUGAAUGAUUGUUUUAAUUUUUUAAAUAUUGUAAAACAAACUAAGGGUUGUUGUUUUAUACAUUGUGAAGCUGGUAUUUCACGUUCACCAUCUAUUAUAAUUGCUUAUUUAAUGAAAUUUUAUAAUUAUUCAUAUGAUAAUGCUUAUAAUUUAGUAAAUAAUUCUAGAAAUAUUUGUAUUAAUGUAAAUUUUAAAUCACAAUUAAUGAGAUUAAAUUGA